UAAAUAACAUAUCUAUCGUCCUUUUUAAACGUCUUUUGUAUUGAUGACAUUGUUAGUGAAUUAUAAAUUGAGCAAUUACGAAUUAACCUCUAUAUUGAUUUGUUUCCUAUAUUAAUUGCUUCGUAUGCAUGAACCAGAGCCAAUUACUUCCACUCGUAAAUGAUUUCUGCGUAAAUGUUAGUUGUCAUUAUAAAUCAACUUUCCAUUCUAGAUACCAACGUUUAACAUUCUUGUGCCAUGGACAACGUUAAAAAAAAACUAUUUAUUUUUUUAAAUAUAUAGUUCCAAUAAAACAUCAAAUCAUUGUCACUCACCAAUUUAUCUCAUCAUCAUCACCCAUUUUAGUCAAAAAAAAAAAAACUAUCAAACAAAAGGCCAUGUCUCAUGCGGGCUUGAUGGAUAAAAGUGCUAGAGCCCAAAGGGGACUUUUACACCUUGAACUAUUAUUUUCGAAUGUUUUUCAUUUAAAAUUAAUCAUAUGGAUUUUGUUUUGCUUGCUGAUGUGUAAUAAGCCAAAAACUUAUUUUCUUCUUUGCAUAUAAGUUUUUUUUUCUCUGUUCUUUACCCCCUUUGAUCCAUGUUUGGUUACCCAGAAAAUCAAAUAGCAAAAAAGAAAUUUUGUUUGUGAAAACAGAAUCAUGAUUUCCUUUGCGUGCUAAACAUUCACUGACCAAACUUCUUUUUUUUUGUUUUAAGGAAUGAUGAGAUUCAAGAAAGGAACUAAAGUGGAAGUGUUGAUCAAAUCAUCACUUCCAUCUGGUGCUUGGCGAUCUGCUGAGAUAAUGUCCGGUAAUGGGCAUUAUUACACUGUCAUGUAUGAUACUGAUGACGCUACAGAGAGGGUACCGAGGAAGAGUAUGAGACCUGAGCCUCCUCUGCAAGUUCUACAUUCUUGGUCUCCUGGUGACGUUCUUGAGGUUUUUGAAAGUUGUUCCUGGAAGAUGGCUAUAGUGUCCAAGGUUUUGGAGAAUGAUUGCUUCAUGGUUAGAUUGCUUGGCUCCUCACUGAAGGUCAAGGCAAACAAAUCUGACAUUCGGGUCAGACAAUCUUGGCAAGAUAAUGAGUGGAUCAUGGUCGGGCAGGGUUCAUCGAGAUUAAGUGCUCAGACUUCAACAGAAAAUUUAAGGAGAAAGGUGAAUUUGAAGAGCAAAGACAAAGUCAAUGCAUCUGAUGCACUUUCGAGAAAAGGUCCAAAGAAACGGACCUAUUCUUUGGUUACACCACACAAUCAAACUACACACGUCGAAGAAGAUGGAGAGAGUGUUGCUUCUUCUGUUGGUAGUUGUAGCGUGAACAUGGAUGGUUUAACUACUGUCUCUUUCACCCCCAUAGAAACUGGUAACUCUAGUGACACAGAGUCAUCUUCUUGCCGCUACAGAAACAUCAAGACCAAGAAGUCUGGCUUUACAGCAAAAGGCUCAGAAGCUGCUGAUGUUCAUAAGCUAGAGUUGGAUGAAUACCGAUGCAGUAUCGAGAGAUUGCACGCAUCUGGACCGAUUAUAACAUGGGAACAAGAAACGUGGAUCACAAACCUCCGUCUGAGACUGAACAUCUCGAAUGAGGAACAUCUGAUGCAGAUAAGAAACCUUAUCUCUGAUGAUAACAGUCAAACAUACAGAUAGCAGCAUCAUUUAACAACUACAAGCUGUGUUACAUAGAAUAAAAACGAAGGUUAAGGUUGUACAAAUUGUCACUCUAUUUUCAAACAAAGCUAUUUGGUUCCUUGUUCCUGAGCUUGUAAAUGUCAUUUUGAACGAUUCCUGCAAGUAUAGUUUCUAGUUUCAACGAUGUAA